CUCAGCGCCCGGCCGGCCAUGGGCGCUCCGUGCCGCAGCCUCGCGGCGCUCGUGCUGCCGCUGCUUCUGCAGGUACCCUCGUGGCUCUGCCAGGAGCCGGAGCCCUGCCAUCCUGGCUUUGGUGCCGAGAGCUACACGUUUAGGGUGCACGGGCGGCACCUGGAGAGAGGCCACAUACUGGGCAGAGUGAGUUUUGAAGCAUGCACUGGCCGACCAAGGACGGUGUACUUUUCUGAGGACUCUCGAUUCCAAGUGGCCACAGAUGGUGUGAUCACAGUAAAGCGGCCUGUAAAUCUUCAUAAACUGGAGACCACUUUUCUUGUUCACGCCUGGGACUCUACCCACAGAAAGCUUUCCGUCAGAGUUACGCUGAAGUCCGUGGGGCAUCACCACCACCGUCACAAUCACCAUGAGACUCUUCCUGGAACCCAGCCAGAAGUGCUCAUGUUUCCCAGCCAUCAGGAGGGCCUCAGAAGACAGAAGAGAGACUGGGUUAUCCCUCCCAUCAGCUGCCCAGAAAAUGAAAAAGGCCCAUUUCCUAAAGACCUGGUUCAGAUCAAGUCCAACAGAGACAAAGAAACCAAGGUUUUCUAUAGUAUCACUGGUCCAGGAGCUGACAAACCCCCUGUUGGUGUAUUUUCUAUUGAAAGAGAAACAGGGUGGCUGAAGGUGACGGAGCCUCUGGAUAGAGAACAUAUUGCUAAAUACGUCCUCUUCUCCCACGCUGUGUCGUCCAACGGCCAUGCAGUUGAGGAGCCCAUGGAGAUUGUGAUCACAGUGACAGAUCAGAAUGACAACAGGCCCGAGUUUAUCAAGGAGGUCUUUGAGGGGUCUGUCAUGGAAGGCGCUCUUCCAGGAACCUCCGUGAUGCAGGUUUCGGCCACUGAUGCAGAUGACGACGUGAACACCUACAACGCUGCCAUUGUUUACACCAUCCUCAGCCAAGAUCCCGAACUGCCACAUAAAAAUAUGUUCACGAUCAACGGGGACACCGGGGUCAUCAGUGUGGUCACUUCUGGGCUGAACCGAGAGAGUUUCCCCACGUAUACCCUGGUGGUUCAAGCUGCUGACCUUCAAGGUGAAGGCUUAAGCACAACCGCAAAAGCUGUGAUCACCGUCACUGACAUCAACGACAACGCUCCCAUCUUCAACCCCACUACGUACCAGGGCGAAGUGCCUGAGAACAAGGCCGACGCCGUCAUCACCACACUCAAGGUGACUGAUGCCGACGCCCCCAACACCCCGGCAUGGCAGGCCGUGUAUACCAUAUUAGACGACCCCGAAGAGCAGUUUAUUGUCACCACAGACCCUGCAACCAACGAUGGCAUUCUGAAAACAGCCAAGGGCUUGGAUUUUGAGGCCAAGCAGCAAUACAUCCUGCAUGUGAUAGCAACAAAUGUGGCCCCCUUCGAGGGGAACCUCAUCACCUCCACAGCCACCAUCACAGUGGACGUGGUGGAUGUGAAUGAAGCGCCCAUCUUUGUGCCUCCUGAAAAGAUAAUAGAAAUACCUGAAGAUUUUGGAGUGGGAUUAGAAAUCACAUCCUACACUGCCCGGGAGCCAGACACGUUUAUGGAACAAAAAAUUACGUAUCGGAUUUGGAGGGAUACUGCCAACUGGCUGGAGAUUAAUCCGGACACUGGGGCCAUUUCCACAAGGGCGGAGAUGGACAGAGAAGACUUUGAGCAUGUGAAGAACAGCACGUACACGGCCCUCAUCAUCGCCACAGACAAUGGCUCUCCCAUCGCCACUGGAACGGGAACCCUUCUCCUGGUGCUGUCCGAUGUGAAUGACAAUGCUCCCAUCCCAGAUCCUCGAAAUCUGCACUUCUGCCAGAGAGAUCCGCAGCCCCAUGUCAUCGACAUCAUUGACCCAGACCUUCCUCCCAACACUUCCCCCUUCACGGCUGAGCUGACUCACGGGGCCAGUGCCAACUGGACUAUCGAGUACAGUGACCCAGCCCAAGAGUCUAUCAUUUUGAAGCCAAGGAGGAACUUAGAGUUGGGUGACUACAAAGUCAAUCUGAAGCUCAUGGAUAACCAGAACAAAGACCAAGUGACCACCUUGGAAAUCCUGGUGUGUGACUGUGAAGGAGCUGUCAACAACUGUAUGAGGGCAAAUUACGUGGAAGCAGGAUUACAAGUUCCAGCCAUUCUGGGGAUUCUUGGAGGAAUCCUUGCUUUGCUAAUCCUGCUCCUGCUGCUCCUGCUGUUUGUGCGGAGGAGAACGGUGGUCAAAGAGCCCCUGUUGCCCCCCGAGGACGACACCCGGGACAAUGUGUAUUACUAUGACGAAGAAGGAGGUGGAGAAGAGGAUCAGGACUUUGACCUGAGCCAGCUGCACAGGGGCCUGGAUGCUCGGCCUGAAGUGACUCGGAAUGACGUGGCUCCAACCCUGCUGAGUGUGCCGCAGUACCGCCCCCGCCCCGCUAACCCUGAUGAGAUUGGGAACUUUAUUGAUGAAAACCUGAAGGCGGCGGACAGCGAUCCCACGGCACCCCCGUAUGACUCUCUGCUGGUGUUUGACUAUGAAGGAAGCGGCUCCGAAGCAGCCAGCUUGAGCUCCCUGAACUCCUCCGAGUCGGACCAGGACCAGGACUACGACUACCUGAACGAGUGGGGCAACCGCUUCAAGAAGCUGGCUGACAUGUACGGCGGCGGAGAGGACGACUAAGGGACUGUCCCUGCGUGGAACACGCCUGGGCAGUGCAAAAAAAAGGAUGCUGCCAGUGGUUUUUCAGCUCCUUCCUUGACUUUCUAGGAGAGAGACUGAGAUACAGUUCAGAUAGCAGUCCCAAAUUUGUCACUGUAUUCUGUUAGGAAGGGUUUCUCUUUGCCUCCCCUCCCCCCUGGGGCUGAUGAUCGAGCGGGGGCCUUGCUCAUGCUAGGCAUGCGCUCUCCACCACUGAGCUACAUCCCUAGUCUGAACUUCUAUUUCAAAACAGCUUCAGCCCCAGAAGGUUCAACUAACAACCUGCAGAUUUCCUCCAAGGGCGUUUCCCUUCGUGUGUAAAAGGAAGGCAAGGAGUCUGUUCCAGUGCUGUCGUGUGAUGUAUGUAAAAUGGUAUUUUCAGUUUUAUGUUUUGGUGCUAGGGAUUGACACAAAUGCUGUGCCACGGAGUUACAUCCCCAGCCUCCCAUUAAUUUUCUUUUUUUGUUUCUGUUUUGUUUUCAAGGUGGGUCUCUAGUCCAGGCUGACCUAGAACUCUCUCUAGUCCCAGAGUGGCCUCAUACUCACAGACGUCCUCCUAUGUCUGCUGAAAUUGUAUGCCCUUUCCCCCAUCAUUGCAUUGGUGUUCUGGAUUCUAAUAUCCACUGGCACUCCUGAAAUCUGUCGUUCUGCCCCAGAGGGGAGUUUGUUGAUACAGAAAUUAUUGGUCCCUUUUAGGAGAGAGGCAGAUGUCUUGGGCUGGCCAUGUCUUGACUACUCAAGUACUGUGUAUCCUGAAGAACUUCCGUGGUAUUUCCCUCCUCAUCUGAGUGCUCACGUGAAGUGGAGCCUAUAUGCAUUCCUCGUUCUGAGUGAUGGUUCCUUAGGUGAAUGCCAUCGUGUGGUGUUGAUGUCGCCUGGUUCUAUAUAGGGGGUCUUGAGCGGAAAAUGUGAGUUUUCAGGUACCACUUUGAUUCUCGUUCAUUUGAGACUCAGAAUAGUGCCAAGUGUGCUACGUCCAAGAUGGGGUGGAGACAGGAGAGCAAGUUGCUGAGUCUAGCUACGUAGCAAGUGGAUGCUGACUGCUGCAGGUUGCUUGGCCUCUGUCCCUGAGAAUUCUAGAACAACAGAAGCAUCUCAGCAUGUUUCGUAGCUGGGAUCCUUGUCCACGUGAACUGAAGCCCAGAACUCCCAAGUGCCUGCUUUUGAUGGCAUCCACUGGAAAUGCUGGCCGAUUUGGACACAAAUUGCUCAAUUUCAUAUAGGAACCUGAGAAUAUUGGAAAUUGUAGAAACACACAGAAAACACCGUCCUCAUGGAUGUUAAGUAAGGGUGGGGUAGGGGGGAGGACCUUGAUUUGAUUUUACUUUUUUUUAUUGUCUUUUAAUUCAAAAUGCAAAUGUCAUCGUUUUGACAACCACUAGAAAGAAUUACAUUGAAAUUGCUUUACUGUCAACUAUUUGGGGAAGAAAAAAAUCAUGCCUGCAAUCAAUUGUGAGAAUUGUGUUGAUUUUUCUGCAUUUUAAACUAAUGUAGUCCAGUGUAGUGAGUGUCCCUAUAGCUUUGAGUGUAUACGUGUGUGGUGUUGAUAAGUUUUGUCUUUUGGGGAGAGUGGAAAAGGAAACCAAUUCAACCUCUUCUCAAAGUUGCAUUUUUAUAAAUUUUAUUAAAGAAUUUUGUUAAACCAUU